AUGGCAAUCGUACCUUGCGGGAGCACGUGGGCAGCUCAGUUGGCAAUUGGUGCUCAGCUCAGGCCCUCGUCGCAUUCUAGACAGGCUAUUUCAUGUUGCUACGCUAAAUUCUUGAAUCAUCAAUAUGGGUAAGUAUACAGGCGAAAUAAGCAACAAGGCAGAAUGGAUGUCUUAUAUUUCUUAAACGAAAAGUUUGGUUGUGCUUUGUCAUUUUAAAAAAAAUUCGAGUACACUCCGCGGGAGAAUGAGGACAAAGUCAUCACAAUACAGCAACUAGCUGCCAAUAAUACUCAGAAAGAACAUCUAAGUGGCGAUUAUCACACCUCCGAAAAUGUAACUAGUUCUCUGCUUUAUAUGCUGAAAAAAUCAAGAAUCAUGCCGUGCGCCCAUGCAGGAAUCUGUUUAUAGAAGGCCAGAAGUUAUGCAAAUUUAGAUCCAAAAUGGUUGUCUUUGGUACUUGUACCAUUGUGAUGACAUUUGCGAUUAAAUGUAAGACGUUUUCUCCUCGAAUUCCCUGGUGCACGCCCGGGAAUCUUUCCUCAAGUUUAGUUUCUUUGUUCUCGUUGAUCCUGAAUAUCUCAUCUUUCACCUGACAGGUUGCUUAAUCCAAUUCAUAUCAUCCUUUCCUGGAUAAUAUUAUACUUCUGAGAAAUAUGCCUUUAUUAAUGGCAUUUUUGUUUUUUCUUAGAGACAUCCUGCUGGCUCAUUUUUCCACAGUUUAGUUUCUUUGUUCUCGUUGAUCCUGAAUAUCUCAUCUUUCACCUGACAGGUUGCUUAAUCCAAUUCAUAUCAUCCUUUCCUGGAUAAUAUUAUACUUCUGAGAAAUAUGCCUUUACUAAUGGCAUUUCUGUUAUUUCUUAGAGACAUCCUGCUGGCUCAUUUUUCCACAGUUUAGUUUCUUUGUUCUCGUUGAUCCUGAAUAUCUCAUCUUUCACCUGACAGGUUGCUUAAUCCGAUUCAUAUCAUCCUUUCCUGGAUAAUAUUAUACUUCUGAGAAAUAUGCCUUUACUAAUGGCAUUUUUGUUAUUUCUUAGAGACAUCCUGCUGGCUCAUUUUUCCACAGUUUAGUUUCUUUGUUCUCGUUGAUCCUGAAUAUCUCAUCUUUCACCUGACAGGUUGCUUAAUCCGAUUCAUAUCAUCCUUUCCUGGAUAAUAUUAUACUUCUGAGAAAUAUGCCUUUACUAAUGGCAUUUUUGUUAUUUCUUAGAGACAUCCUGCUGGCUCAUUUUUCCACAGUCUCAGGCCUAUCUCGGAUACGCUUUGUCUGUUGUGUCUCGGGUUCUAAAUUUUAGGUUACUAUUAUAGUUGUGUUUCUUCAUUGGCGUCUGGAAAUGUUUGCAAUUUAGAUUGUAUAUGUAUCAGAUUCCGAUGGCAGAUAUGUGAUAAGUUUUCUUUGGGAGUUUGUCAAUAUGGUUUCUUGUGUUUAUAUAUAGUCAUCCAAAGGGUUUUUUUUUCACGUGAUGUGGAAGAUUAGCCUUUAUUGUCGUGUCUUUUGUCCUUACACUGUGUUGCAGUGGAAGUUCUGUCAUUCAUGGAUUUGUGACUAUUGUUUGAUAAGUCAUUUUUCCCAUUAUUGGAACUUUUCGUCAGUAAAUUUUCAUUUUCACGGGGGAAGACAUAUGAUCCUCAGUUGCUUAAUGACAUCAUUUUGACCAUGAAGUUCAAUUUUCUCUUGGCUUGUGUUUGAGCUUGUUAUCCUGAGAUAUCACUGGGCGCCCUAGUUUCAUUUCUUCUCUAUAUACUAACCUGGAUUUGGAAUGUUUUGCAGUAUUUGUGCCAAAGAAAAGUGUUUAGCUUCAUCUUCUGCUACUCUGUUUGCGCGGGACACUUCAUUAGGACUUCCAUGCUCUGGGUUGCAAACUGCUCGUCAUCGCAGGGGUGCACGCCUUGUUGUUAGAGCUGAUGCUGUGAGUAUAAUAAUGCUAAUUAUCAUUCUGAUUUCAAUAAAAAUUCACACUCGUUAGUGAACGUGCUAAAUGUGCUUUAAAAGUGUGUCCGAUUUUGGCAUUUGCUGGACAAUCUGUUCCAUCUGUGGUUCUCAAGUUUCAUUGUCCUUCACAGGAUUACUAUUCUGUCCUUGGUGUCUCGAAAAAUGCCAGCAAAUCUGAAAUAAAAACUGGUAAGUGCUUUUUACUUUCAUUUUUUUCACGUCCUUUACAAUCUUUUAUCCAUAUCGGUAUCAGUAUGGAUAUUUCUCAUUUAUAAUUUUUUUAUGUUUAAUCUUGUGUAUGCAAUGUGUUAAUGCUGCAUACAUAUUUAGAUGGGUGAGAUGGUAGGAAUUCUACUGUUAAGGGGCCUGCAUUUGUUUUGAGUGGUCUACUUCAAUUCUGGAGCUUUUUCUGCACAUUUUGCAAUUUGAGGGCACUUUUCAUGUCCAGUUGAAUUAAUAGUAUUCACUUUGAUAACUCUGAAGCAUAAGGAUAUGCACAACACGAGAAUAAAUAAUGGAAUAGAAUAAUAUGAAAAUACAAACCAUAAAAUUUUAAAUUGGAUAAAUUUGAUAAUUUUAACUCCUAAUGGUUUAUGAGUGUAUUAUGAGCAAAAUAUCAUCAUUCACAAACUAUUGACAGUAAAAUUCACUUGAUAACGACUUGCCAGGCCAAAUCCGACCUAAGAAAUAUUAUUUGUCCAGGUUGGUGCUUAUGGAAGUGCUAACAUAUUUGUGAAUAAAGAGAUGCUUGGGUUAGUGCACUAAUUUUUUUGUUAAGAUGAGCGUUAUAUCAUAUCAUGAAUGGGCUAUAUUGAAGAAAAACUACCCAACUUCACCUUUCCAGAAUAAGAUGCAGUAAUGGAUUCUCUGCAUACACUUUGUGAACCAUGCCUCUUGUUGUUUUCACUUCCAUCAAUGUUUUGCUCCUCUAGAAGAAAUGGUUAUUUUCUCAUUACAUUUCCUCCCACCUAUUGUAAAUAGGUUAAUGCAGCUACUGAUAUGUUUAACUUUUGUCAAUUUCUAGCUUAUCGCAAACUUGCUAGAAGUUAUCAUCCAGAUGUGAACAAGUAAGUUGAUCCUUAAAGUUAUCUCGAGAAAUUACUUUUGUUAUUUUUCUACUGAACAUAUAAAUUUGCGUUCAUGCAUCAAACAUGUUAAAAGUUCAGUCUUUAGAUGUAAUAAGAAACUACUGAUGUACUGAUUUGCCCGAAAUUAAUGUACUUAUGGUCUAGUUAAUUGAAAAGCUUAUAUAUUUUUUUAAAUCAGCCGCUUCUUCUUUCCUCGUGUUCAAAUCUUGAGUUUGGACUAUUCUCAUUCCUAUUGCGAUAUUCUUAAAAGCUGCUCUCUCCUCUUUUAGCGAAUGAGACUAGCUAGAUUAACUGAUUAACAUCUAUAACAUUUCAUUGCCUUUUUUUUUGUGGUGCAACGAUAUUAAUUGAGCCUCCCCUAUGUAUCUUUCAGUCACCUUUCUUCAGAGUAACCUAUGUGAAACUUUUUGUCAUCUCAAAGUUGCACUUUGUACUGUUUGAUGCAAUGGUAAUUCAGUGGUAGUAUCCGGGUCUUCUCUAUUCCUUGUCAUAUCGGACAACUGUCAUUAUAUCCAUAGUAUCCUUAUGGCCAAAAGCGAUAAUAAAACUUAGCUGACAAAGGGAUAGUAAAUUGCGUCUGGUUCUUCACAUAAUGGGUCAUCAGAGGCAUUAUCUAGUAUACUUCGAACCCACCAACAAGAGAGGAGAAUUGAAUUAGGAAAUUUUUUCAUGCACUUUGAGACUUUUGAAACUUUGCUGUGCUUAAUGUAGAUUGAUGACAGAUUUCAGGUAUCAACUGAAUCUUCAAAUAGUUUUUCCAGCAAGUAUUGAAAUCGAUUUUGAUCUUUUCAUCAUGAAGAAAUUCGGAAAAAUGAUAUUGGUAGGAUCUUGCUUUUCUCGACAGGAAUAAAUUUCUUCAUAAGACAAAGCUGGGUAUCAUCACUUUUCAUUGACUGUGUAUCAUACAGAACUUCUUGGUUACCUGUAAAACCUUGAGUGAAGUUUCAUGUUGGAAUAUGCUUCUUGGAGAAGGAUUUCACGUCUGAAAGUGGAAAUCGAAGUAUGUCACGUCCUGAGCGUGGUUUACCAAUAGCGUUGGGGGCCUGUGCUAAGACUUACGUUGGGAUUGUUUUGUAAACCAUCCUAUGGAUAGAUUAAGAUCUCCAUGGUUAAGAUCACAUAUGAAUCCGAAAGACUCAAGAAUGUAUCAAUCCAAAUCACGAGCAGUCCUUUCUGCCUAUUGUAGGUUGUUCAUAUGUAGCGCUGCUUAUUCAGAUCAAAAGUAGAGAAAGGGGUGAGGAAGGAUGCAUUGAAUCAAUCGCAUUAGUCUUGCCUAUCCUAGACAGUAAGGCUCCUUUUACUUGUCCUAGAACUUUGUCCCUCUGACUUGUAUGCAGGACUUUUUUUAAAUCUGUGUCAACUGUAUUCUGUUUUUAAAAAAUAAAAAGUCAGCUAGUUCUAUACUGGUUAAUGUGGUCUUGAUGAAUUCUUGAUUUUACUAUCUUGAUAGGAUGUGUAGUAUAUAGGAAGACAAGAAUUCAUUGUCAGUCGGGAAAUUUUACAUCCAUUUAAGACAACACUGUGUUCUCCCCUGUGCAAAUGCCGUUCACCAGCAGUUUGGGGCUCUCCUAAGUAAUCACAUUUGCAGUUUUAGAGUUCCAAGAUUUAUUUUUAUUUUUUUGAAAUCAGAUCGCGUUUAUUAUUCAGCAAGCUACAAUUGCUUAACUUUUUGUGUAUUUGUUGAUUGUGGAGAACAGAUGCUACUUCCAACAAUCGAGCCUCUCGAUUGGUUUUAUGUUUUGAGUUGCGUUUGACAUUUUCUGGUUCUUUUCUUUUACAGAGAACCAGGCGCUGAACAGAAAUUCAAGGAGAUCAGUAACGCAUAUGAGGUUGACUUCUGUUUUCCUGCUGAUCAAUUGUCACCAAGGCCGAAUUUUUCAUGCUGGGUACCAACAGGGCUGACUAACUUAUGCCAUAUCACGCUGCAGGUGCUGUCAGAUGAUGAGAAGAGGUCUUUGUACGAUAGAUUUGGGGAGGCUGGACUGAAAGGUGCUGGUAUGGGCACAGGGGUAAGUUCCUUCAGUGAAAUUUGUUAUAAUAUGUCUCAAUGUGCAAUAUUUAUACGCGCUUUUAGACAUUCCAUUGUGUGUUGUCAACAAUGAUGAUCUUUGAUGAUCUUUCGCUCCACAACCAGGAUUUUAGCAACCCCUUUGAUCUGUUCGAGUCACUGUUCGAAGGCAUGGGCGGAAUGGGGGGGAUGGGAGGGUCAAGAGCCACCCGUAACCGGCCGAUGCAGGGCGACGACGAGACCUACAACCUCGUCCUAAACUUCAAGGACGCCAUCUUCGGCGUGGAGAAGGAGAUCGAGAUCACCCGCCUCGAGACCUGCGGAACCUGCGACGGCUCUGGCGUCAAGGCCGGCACCAAGCCCACCAAGUGCACCACCUGCGGCGGCCAGGGCCAGGUCGUCUCCUCUGUGAGGACCCCUCUGGGGGUCUUCCAGCAGGUCAUGACUUGCUCCACAUGUGGCGGCACUGGGGAAAUCUCCACUCCAUGCGGCACCUGCAGUGGCGACGGCCGUGUGAGGCGAACGAAGAGGAUAAGCUUGAAGGUCCCCGCGGGUGUGGACUCGGGCAGCCGGCUGAGGGUCCGGUCAGAGGGGAAUGCCGGCAGGAGAGGCGGCGAACCCGGGGACCUCUAUGUCUUUAUCGAGGUCCUCUCCGACCAAGUGCUGAAGCGGGACGGCACCAACAUACUCCACACCUGCAAGGUUUCCUACAUUGAUGCCAUCCUUGGGACGGUGGUCAAGGUGCCGACUGUGGACGGCAUGGUGGACCUGAAGGUCCCUGCAGGGACCCAGCCGGGCACAACGCUGGUGAUGGCGAAGAAAGGGGUCCCUUUCCUUGGGAAGCCAAAUCAGAGGGGGGAUCAGCUGGUGCGUGUGCAGGUGGAGAUUCCCAAGAGGCUCAGUGGAGAUGAGAAGAAGCUGAUCGAGGAGUUGGCGAAUCUGAACAAGGCGAAGGCGCCAAACAGCAGCAGGAGGUAG